UCUUUUUGUUCUGCACCACCUGAAAGUGACCCCUCUCCGCAGGCCCUUUCUCGACAUGGUCUACAACGCGCUGGACUGCGCUGAAGACGAUUACUACGCUCUCUUCGUGCUCUGCCUGCUGUAUGCCAUGUCGCACAAUAAAGGAAUUGAUCCAGUCAAACUCGACAGAAUUCAGCUUCCAGCUCAACAUGCCGAAGAGAGAAAUUCAUAUAAUCAUGUACUUGCAGAGGGGCUUAUCAGGAUAAUGAAUUAUGCUGCACAAGCAGAUGGAAAAAUCCGUUUGGCAACAUUAGAACUAGGUUGUCUAUUGCUUAAGCAACUUGUAUUUUCUAAAAAUGGCAGCAUCAUAAAAGAUGUUCACCUUGCUUGCCUUGAGGGUGCAAGGGAAGAAAGUGUUCAUCUCCUGCGACGUUUUUACAAGGGGGAAGAAAUUUUUCUUGAUAUGUUUGAAGACGAAUACCGGAGUAUGACAAUGAAACCCAUGAAUGUGGAGUACUUGAUGAUGGAUGCCUCCAUUCUGCUGCCGCCCACGGGGACGCCGCUGACGGGUAUCGAUUUUGUGAAGAGGUUGCCCUGUGGAGAUGUGGAGAGGACACGCAGAGCAAUCAGAGUUUUCUUUAUGCUCCGUUCACUGUCACUGCACCUGCGAGGUGAGCCAGAAACUCAGUUACCACUGACAAGAGAGGAGGAUCUAAUAAAGACAGAUGAUGUGCUUGACUUGAAUAACAGUGAUCUAAUUGCUUGUACGGUGAUAACAAAAGAUGGGGGUCAAGUUCAAAGGUUCCUGGCUGUGGAUAUUUACCAGAUGAGUUUGGUUGAGCCAGAUGUUGCCAGACUUGGCUGGGGAGUCGUUAAGUUUGCAGGUCUUUUGCAGGAUAUGCAGGUAACAGGAAUAGAAGAUGACAGUAGGUCUCUGCACAUAAUAAUUCAUAAACCUGCUUCUAGUCCUCAUUCUAAGCCGUUCCCUAUCCUUCAAGCUACAUUCAUUUUUUCGGAUCACAUUCGCUGUAUUAUAGCGAAACAGCGUCUCGCUAAAGGUCGUAUCCAAGCUCGCCGUAUGAAGAUGCAGAGAAUAGCAGCUCUCCUGGAUCUUCCUGUUCAGCCUGCAACCGAAGUGAUGGGUUUUGGACACAGCUCUGUAGCUACGUCCCAGCACCUUCCGUUCAGAUUUUAUGAGCAGUCGCGACGCGGUAGCAGUGAUCCGACGGUGCAACGGUCUGUUUUUGCCUCUGUGGACAAAGUUCCAGGCUUUGCUGUAGCGCAGUGUAUAAAUCAGCACAGUGCAUCACCGCUGGCAUCGCCGUCGCCCGCGAGCGGGAGCGCAGGACGCUGCGAUUCGGGGACUGCGAGCUCAGCUUCCGCCCCUGCUGCUGCGCAGAGCCCAUCAGGUCUGGCAGGAAAGGACGACGGCGGGUGUUUAGUCUGUCGGAGGCUGACAGUCACGGUGGACACUGGGUUUAGGUCUUCGAGCAGCAGCUGCAGCCGAAACUCACGCAAUAUCAAUUCAGAUGACUCUUCAGCUCCCGAACAGCCUCAGAUGACCAUUUCUGGCCAGGUGAUGUUGAUUGAUGAAACUCUUUCAGCUGUCACAAAGUCUAGCAAGAAUCUUGUAAAAAACAGUGACAUCGAAACUGCAAACCUGUCCCCUAGCCUGAUUCCUGCACAGCAGCCCACAAUAUCCCUAAUAUCGGAUGACAAUACGGACGCGCUGAGCGUGGAGUCGCUGACGCUGGUGCCGCCGGUUGAUUCCCACAGCAUCCGUGCGGUCGGCUGCAUUCCCCAGGCCUCCGUGCAGCCCGGAGGGGAAGACUGCAGGAUGGAAGGAGGGGAAGAGCGUUCGGACUGA